AUGCCGUAUUUACAGGGGAGCCGUAAAGACCCGAGUACAGACUUGCACUCCAGCAAGGAAGGCAAAACUCCAAGUAAAGUGAAGCAAGGUCUUCUUCCUAGCUUAGAAGAUCUACUUUUCUAUACUAUUGCAGAAGGACAAGAAAAAAUACCAGUUCAUAAAUUCAUAACUGCGCUCAAAUCUACAGGAUUACGUACAUCUGAUCCCCGGUUGAAAGAGUGCAUGGAUAUGUUAAGACUGACCCUUCAAACAACUUCAGAUGGUGUUAUGCUGGACAAAGACCUUUUUAAAAAGUGUGUACAAAGUAAUAUUGUGCUGCUUACUCAAGCUUUCAGGAGGAAAUUUGUUAUUCCAGAUUUUAUGUCGUUUACUUCACAUAUUGAUGAGUUAUAUGAAAGUGCUAAAAAACAAUCUGGAGGAAAGGUUGCUGACUAUAUUCCACAACUGGCCAAGUUCAGCCCUGAUUUGUGGGGUGUGUCACUUUGCACAGUGGAUGGACAGAGGCAUUCUGUUGGUGAUACCAAAGUUCCAUUUUGUCUUCAGUCCUGUGUAAAGCCUUUGAAAUACGCUGUUGCUGUUAAUGAUCUUGGCACGGAGUAUGUGCACAGAUACGUUGGUAAAGAACCUAGUGGAUUAAGAUUCAACAAACUUUUUCUGAAUGAAGAUGAUAGGCCUCAUAACCCUAUGGUGAAUGCUGGAGCAAUUGUGAUCACAUCUUUAAUCAAGCAAGGAGCAAAUAAUGCAGAAAAAUUUGACUACGUGAUGCAAUUCAUGAAUAAAAUGGCUGGUAACGAGUAUGUUGGAUUCAGUAAUGCUACGUUUCAGUCCGAAAGAGAGAGUGGAGAUAGAAACUUUGCAAUCGGCUAUUACUUGAAAGAAAAAAAGUGCUUUCCUGAAGGCACGGAUAUGGUUGCUAUACUAGACUUCUAUUUUCAGCUUUGCUCAAUAGAAGUAACGUGUGAAUCGGCAAGCGUGAUGGCAGCAACUCUGGCUAAUGGUGGCUUUUGCCCAAUCACUGGUGAAAGAGUCCUGAGUCCUGAAGCAGUUCGGAAUACCUUGAGUUUAAUGCAUUCCUGUGGCAUGUAUGACUUCUCAGGGCAGUUUGCCUUCCAUGUUGGUCUUCCUGCAAAAUCUGGAGUUGCUGGUGGGAUUCUUCUGGUUGUUCCUAACGUUAUGGGCUUGAUGUGCUGGUCACCUCCUUUGGACAAGAUGGGCAACAGUGUUAAAGGAAUUCACUUUUGUCAUGACCUGGUUUCUUUGUGCAAUUUCCAUAACUACGAUAAUUUGAGACACUUUGCAAAAAAGCUCGAUCCUCGCAGAGAAGGUGGUGAUCAGCGGGUGAAGUCUGUGAUAAAUCUGCUGUUUGCUGCCUACACGGGAGAUGUAUCUGCACUUCGGAGAUUUGCUCUGUCAGGGAUGGAUAUGGAACAAAGAGACUAUGACUCACGAACAGCCCUGCAUGUAGCGGCUGCGGAAGGUAACGUCUCUUGUUGGGCGAUUUGCCAUCUGUUAAUGGAAUGGG